AGCCGUUUUGGCUCAAGGGAUAACAUCUGCAGCCUCCGACGAUCCACCUGCACCAGUGAGGCUAAAGAUCUGUAGCCAUGGGCCGCAUGUAUGGCAAGGGUAAGGGCAUCUCCUCCUCAGCGGCACCGUAUCGCCGCAGGCCUCCCACCUGGCUGAAGAUGAAGUCUGAGGACGUCGUGGAUCACAUCUGCAAGCUCGCCAAAAAGGGCCUGACGCCAUCCCAGAUCGGAGUGACCCUGCGCGACAGCUUCGGGGUGCCGCAGGUGAGGUACGUUUCUGGUAACAAGAUCCUGCGGAUCCUCAAGCUGAACGGCAUGGCACCAGAGCUGCCCGAGGACCUGUACUACCUCAUAAAGAAGGCGGUCGCGAUUCGCAAGCACCUGGACAAGAACCGCAAGGACAAGGACUCCAAGUUCCGCCUGAUUCUGGUUGAGAGCAGGAUCCACCGCCUGGCCAGGUACUACAAGCGGGUCAAGUCGCUCCCGGCCACCUGGAGGUACGUGUCCGCCACGGCGUCCACGCUGGUGGCGUGAGCGGGGCGGCGUUCGGUGCGGGCGCCGCAGGAGAUGCUCGACCCACGGCCACGUCCUCGUCCAACUUCGUCCUCGUCCCUGACUCCGUCGUCGUCCUCUUCCUCCUCCUCCAUGUCGUCCGUCUUCCCCUCUUCUCCGUCCUUCUCCGCAUCCUCCUGCUCCCACGAGUUUGGUCUCUCGCACGCGAUGCUAUCUGAGGAUCAUUGCCCGACUGGCCAUGAUCCGGCGACGUGAAGCAAUGCUGGAACAA